GUGGUAAAAGCUGUUUCAGCCGCUGGCCUCGUUAUACUCGCACGACAACAGCAAUGAUUCUUAAUGUUCUUAUUUGCAUGCUUUUCAACAAGUUAGGUGCACAAGAUGUCCGCACAGUCAGUCAAGUGUCUGUCCAAGAAAGAAGUUCUAUCAUAAUCCCUUGCUGGUAUAAUCAUGCUUAUGUAAAUAAUGUUAAAUAUCUGAGUUCUGGAGAUCGCUGGACCUUUAGUAAAUACGUUGAGUUCUCAGAUGGGAGAGAGAAACAUGAGACAGUUUGUGUUUCAGAUAACAAAACUACUAAUAUUUUGACUAUUAAAAUGAGGAAUAUUCAGCAGAGCCAAAGUGGAACAUACUGGUGUGGGAUUGAUGGACCUAAAAGAUCCCAUAUUGGAGUUGGAUUCAAAUUAAAAGUCACAGCAGUCACUGCUGGUCUCUAUGUUCGAGAUCAGAUGUUGGCUGGUUUUGAGGCCGGUAGCGUUACCGUCUCCUGCUAUUAUCAUUUACCUAAAAAAACUGGUAUACAAUGGUGUAAGCUUGGGGGGGCCUGCGUGUUAGAGUCAGGCGGGCUCUUGGAUGGGGCUUUAGUGGAGAUCAGGAACGGUAACGGAGUAGUGAGCGUGAACAUGAGCAGACUGAAGAAGGAGCACACGGGAUGGUACUGGUGCUCAGUGAGGGAUCUACAAAUGCCUGUUCAUAUCACUGUAUCGACAAGAGAAGAAACCACCAUUACCACCUUCACCAGCACACACAAGACAACCUCAAGCCAGUCCACGUCAACCGGCACUAUAAAACCCACAGGAAGCUUUACAUCUGCUCAAACGCCUCGGGCUCUUCUACUGCGAGUAGCAGGCUUCGAACUUCAUGCUUUGGCACUGUUCUUCCUGAAGGUUCACAAUGAACGCCAGGACAUGGCGCGCCCCCUAAUCAGCAUACGUUCAUUCCUCCAAUUCAGCCCCAUUGAAGGCACCUCUGGAAGAGGUGGUCACUACGCAGCCCUAAAAACCUUCCUUGCAGUCAUGGUCAUUAGACAGGUCAGGGAAGUCAGGUACUCGGUGCUCCUGGUGGCCUCACUCUGGAGGAAUCAGAUGUGGUUCCCCGAGUUCAUCAAGCUGCUAUCAGCAACUCCUUGCCCAAUUCCAUUAAGGAAGGACCUUCUCAGUAUCAGUGGUCUGCAGGAAGUCGCAUCAUGUUUCCAUUCUCACAGACGCCGCUUUAUCACCAGCAUCUUUACCAGUGUGGGUUACUGUUAUACAGCAGGAAUGAGACACAAGUGCUGUGCUCUCGAAUGUGGUGAAAAAUAUAUAGUCAUACUACGAUCAGCUCAUUCUCACUCUGCCACAAUGAUGAUGGAGACUCUGCUGCUGCUGUUCCUCCUCACACACGCUUCAGGAACUCAAGACAUCCAUACAGUCAAGAAAAUACUUGUUCAAAAACAACAGACGAUCACAAUCCCAUGUUCAUAUGAUCAGAAAUACACCAAUUACCCAAAAUACAUGAGUUCUGGAGCUGACUGGCUCUUCAGUCAUAACGUUUCACACAGCAGACUGUCUAUCGUGGAUAAUCACAAAGAACACUUUUUCACGGCGACACUGAGAGAAGCUGAAGUGAGUGACACUGGCACAUACUGGUGUGGUUUUUCCUUGCCUGGAUAUGAUGACGGCACAAGUUUUUACCUGCAGGUCACAGAAGCUGAAGCAGGUCUCAGUGUCUCCAGUCAGAAUGUGUCAGGUUAUGAGGGAGGUAACGUCACCAUCCGCUGCCACGGGGCUUCACACUGGUGUACGAUCGGGGGAUCUUGUGUUGGGGGAGAUGGAGUAUUUCCAGAGAGAACCGCAGUGAGCGAUGAUGGUGGUGUUCUGAACGUGACGCUGUGGCCGCUGCAGAAAGAGGACAGCGGAUGGUACUACUGCUCUAAUGAUGUUUCACAGAUGCCCGUUUAUGUUACUGUGAUGGAGGCCCAAGAUUUUACACAGUUCACAACUAACAGCUCUCAAAGCAACACAUCACUCCAGGCAGACAGCUGGGCCCUGUGGCUGCUCGUUCUGGCAGCGCUGCUGCCCAUUUCUGUCUGCGGUGCUGUGAUGCUGAUCAAAGCAAAAAACAAAAGAAAACAAAGAGCUGAAAGCUUCAAUCUUUAUGAAGGCAUGAACAAACAACAACUGCCUAAAGGAACUGGGAAAAACAGCGAGGUUAUGUGUGACAAUCUCUAUGAGAUUAUGAAUGGAAUUAAACAAAACAAUCAGGGAAAUGUUAAAAGCAAUGAAGUUGGAUGUGAGGAUCUCUAUGAAAUCAUGACUGUAAAUAAGGGAAACACUCAGCAGACUGCAACAGAAAAUAAAAGCAUCUAUGCAUCUAUGGUCAGAAAAGUGAAAACGUGAGCAGAUAAACAGGCUCAGGCUUUUGCUCACGUUUAUCCUCUCCGUUAAU